CGCACGCAACUUGCGCACGUGCACAAAAGUUAUGAAACCGAAUUUUGUAUGAGGCCAUAAUGCUCGAUAGCGGAAUCCCAGGCAAUCAUCCCCGGAUCGGAGCGCCGCGCACCCGCACCAGCUCAGCUCAGGCCAACGUAAACUCGCAGCUAGCUAUCUAGCUUGAUGCAGUUGGACGACAAGAGACCAAGUUAUAAAGCCCUAACUUACAGGUACAGACUUGGCCGUUACAGCCUGCAGUGCACAUACCACAUUCUCCAUUUAUCAUGGCUGGAAGAAUGAAGAUCGUCAUAUGUCUUCUUCGAAAUGACCUUCGAUACCGUGACAAUGAGGUUCUCUUUUGGGCACACAAGAAUGCAACCAACGUGAUUCCUCUCUACUGCUUUGAUCCUCGUCACUAUAAGGGCACCCAUCAGUUUGGGUUCCCAAAGACCGGUCCUCAUCGCCUCAAGUUCCUCCUGGAGAGUGUUCGAGAUCUCAGGACGACUCUCCAAUCAGUCGGAAGUGGCUUAGUGGUAAGGAGUGGUAACCCUGAAGAUGUGGUGCCUCAGUUGAUCCAGCAGUUUGGAGAAGGUGAAGUAGCUGCAGUAGCGCUGCAAGAAGAGGCGACUCGUGAGGAGCUGGACGUGGAGGCCGGUUUACAUCAGUCUUGCUCCAAGCUUGGUGUCCAGGUCAAGAAGUUCUGGGGAUCCACUCUCUACCAUAGAGAAGAUGUGCCAUUCAGUCCACAGGGAGUGCCUAACGUGUACACAGAGUUCAGAAAGAAGGUGGAGAACAGAUCACAUGUCAGACCACCCAUCAACAUGCCCAAACCACUGAAAGGACUUCCACAAGGAGUAGAGGAAGGAGAUAUUCCUGUAUUCUCAUCAUUUGGUUUGAAAGAUCCCGGUUCUGAUUCAAGAACAGCAUUCCCCUUCCAGGGGGGAGAGACCACAGGCCUUGCAAGAAUUGAAGACUAUUUUUGGAAGAGUGACUGCAUUGCUAAAUACAAGGAAACCCGAAAUGGCCUCAUCGGUUCAGAGUACUCCACAAAAUUUGCAGCGUGGUUAGCACAUGGUUGUGUCUCACCUAGGCAGAUCCAUGCAGAGGUUAAGAGAUAUGAGAAGGAAAGAACAGAGAACCAGUCAACCUAUUGGGUGAUAUUUGAGCUGAUAUGGAGAGACUACUUCAAGUUUGUUGCUCUGAAGUUUGGAGAUAAAAUGUUCUACUUGAGUGGUCUGCUUGGAGUCCACAAGCCAUGGAACAAGAACAAGCAAUGGUUUGAUGCAUGGUGCAAAGGCCAGACUGGGGUGCCCUUUGUAGAUGCCAACAUCCGAGAGAUGGCCGCCACUGGUUUCAUGUCCAACAGAGGGCGCCAGAACGUGGCUAGUUUUCUGACGAAAGAUCUAGUCCUGGAUUGGAGGCUGGGAGCAGAGUGGUUUGAGCAGAUGUUGGUUGAUCACGAUGUAACAAGUAACUAUGGCAACUGGCUCUACAGUGCUGGAGUCGGUAAUGAUCCUCGUCAGGACAGGAAGUUUAACAUGAUCAAACAGGGUCUAGACUAUGAUCCAAAUGGCGACUACAUUCGCCUGUGGGUACCGGAGCUGAGCGGUAUCAAGGGAGGGUCCAUCCACAUGCCAUGGACACUGAGCAGCGCACAGCUCAACCAAGCAGGGGUAUCACUAGGGGAGACUUACCCCUCCCCCAUAGUCACGGCCCCUGAGUGGAGCAGACACUCCAAGAGACCCCAAAGUGGAAGAGGAGGAGCCGGGGGCAGUCAAGGAGGGGGCAGUCAAGGAGGGGGCAGGAACCAGUCGGGGAAGGGUCAGAGGAGGAACCAGGGCCCACCGAGAGGUCAACAGAGAGGACUAGACUUCUACUUCUCUAAUCCAAGCCAGAAGUGAGACCCUUGGUGAGCCUCCACACUCUGCAAAGAAGUUCUGAAGAAUGUGCCAUGUGUGCUUCAGAGCUCAAGAAGAAAACAUCAUUUUCCAUUGACUUAUCAGGGUUCAACGGUAAUGAUCAUUGUAUUUGUACAGGGUAAAGUCUAUUUCAAAUGACUAGUUAGUGUGUGUACUUAGCUUUCCUAUAAGGAAAAUGCUAGAUUUAUGUGUAGGGUUGUAACAACUUUCAACUGAUAUGCCCAGUUGAGAGAUGAUUUUGUAUUUCAUUAAUCAUGUAAAACUCUCACGUAACCUGAAUCAGUGCAUCGAUAAUAGAAUAUAACCAUGUAUUAUAUUCAUUUGACACUGGUUCUGGACAUUUGAUUCUACAAGGAAUUUCCCUCUGGUUGUGAUUAAAAAAGCACACAUUUAGAAAAAAUUGUUCUCAUUGUUCAAGUGAAUAAUGUUUAACAAAUUUCUUGUAUUUACAAGAGUAUUACUGCCCUAUUUAAAGUAAAUUGUCUGUAAAACACUGUCACUGAUAAUGGCCUUCGAGAUCAUCAAAUGAAAGACACCUUUUCUGAAUUCAUGAAUCAAUUCUCUAUUAUCAUUGUCAUAUAAGGUCAACAAUGUAUACCAGUUAAUGUGUAUUACUGCAUUUUCACUACGGAUUAUUGUUUAAAAGAAUGUUGUAAAUAGAAACUAGAUGAAAUGAAUUAUAAGGCAAGACUUGGGCUGAGGAAUAAGAGACUGCAAUGUAGAAAGUUGAUGCAUUGAAAUUUUGCACAAACCCCUUGGAGCUUUGGCCAGACGUGUGAGUAGCUCUUGACAUUGAUAAGAUGGGCUCCCCCCCCCCAUCAGUGUUAUUUAGGGUACGCGUAUGCAUGUUCUGUACCUUUGAAAGCAUCCCCGUAAGUAUGGUGUGUAAAGUCGAUACGGGCUGAGUUUUUGGGUAUUACUAGCCGGACUUUGUUGCAUGAAAAGUACCCCUUUACCAGAGAUUUGGGGAACAUGAAUGCGGUCCCUCCGUUCCCGU